AUGCUCAUCGACACGAGCACCUCCGAUUCGUCGACAAUCAUCGAGGUCAGUGAUUUAUAACUAGAGCUCUCAUUGUGAAUCAGUUACUUCCAGCUGGAGAACAACUACUAUUUUGUGAAUCCUCGACACGCAAAGUCUGAUUUCGAUGUGGACGGAUUCAAAUGGUGAGAGAUUUCUUGAUUUCUUGUCUAUACUGUCAUUUUCUUAAGGAAAAUCGUGUUCGACACCCAACAAAUAACAUUCACAUUGCUCUCAGAAGUCUCCGAGGGCUCUUUCGUCCGUCUCAUCGUACACUGUACAGAUUCAACGUGCAAUUCCUCAUUUGUGAGUCAUUGCUCCCCGUUCUUUUCGCUAUUAAGGAAAAUCGUACAGCGAGUGUUACAGACCUCACAAUUCCACCGGGCCGGCGAGUCAGUUGUUCACGAGUGGCUGCCCGGCGGUCACCACGUGCAAUUGGAGAUUGACCAGACAUAUCAGUGAGCACCCUUUGUACUUCCGUCACCGCACUUGUUUGUUUUUCCGUUUCAGAGAGUCUCAACUGGCCGGAUAUGACUUUAGUCGUCCAUUUCUCCAAACGAAUGCAGUUCUAAGAGUGGAAGACGAAGAGUUUCACGUGCACACACUUGUACGGAUUAUGCAAAUCUGUGCCCAUACAAAAGCCCCUUUUACAGAUAUUGAGCCUCGCUUCCCAGUUUUUUCGAUGUCUCUUUGACGGAUCUUUCAGAGAAUCUGUGAAUCGGGACCGACCGAUCGAACUCAAAGGAAUUUCGUCGUGCUCCUUCAGAAAUCUGCUGAAUUGUAUAUAUGGAUACCCUUACACCUUCAAAAUUACAAGUAUGAGUCAGAAUUGGAGGUUUUUGAGGUUUUAUUCAUUUGUAGGAGGGAAUAUAGCUGAGUUACUCGAGCUGAGCCAUUAUUAUGACUGCAAAAACGUAACUCUUAUAUGCGAAUACAAUUUGGUUUAUGAUUCAUGCUACAACAUUCGUUCUGAACAAAAAUUGGACUGGGCCGUACGCUACCAACUGAAUACUCUCAAAGUGAGUCAUCGAUCACAUUCACCUUAGAAUAUGAACUUUUCAGAACCAACUUUUGAGACGAGAACCACACCUUAUUGGACUUCUUGACAUCGACUGA